AUGUCCAACAGCAGUUCAACUCCUCAAAUCAAAAUGCCAAAUGAAUGUUUUGCGGCAAUUUUUCAAUACGUAAGUUUUAUCACGUUUGAAACUCUCACCCAACAACAAUUUUGCAAUUCAAAUUCAUUUCAAAAAUCUAAAAAAUAAUAUUUUAGCUUGACAAAGAGGACGAAAAAGCAGUCAGAAAAGUAUGCCCACAGUUCAAUAUGGUUUAUGAAGAGUGGAAACAUUUAAUGCCCGGACCAUCCUGCAAUGUGACAAUAGAGUAUUAUAAUGGAGAACUUAAGUUUUAUAUAACUUCUCUUGAACGUGGUUCUACUACAAAAACUGUAACUUUGUCUGAAUGGAGAAAUGAGUUUCUAAAUGCAAAAUGUCGUAAGAUGUCGAUUCGAACUGACCGGAAUAUGCCGGCAGACCUUAUGAACCAACUAUUCAUUUGCCAAUCAAUUCUUAAAAUGGAAUUCUAUGGUAGACAACUUGAUGAAGAACUAUUAAAAAAGUUAUCUCCUCUGGUCAAUGAUCACAUUCGGGCUGUUGUUGUAAAAUUGAAACCAGAAAUGGAAGAAGUUCGAAAAUUAAAAGAUAUAACUGUAGUGGAUAAAAUCGAACAUUUCUAUGAUUUGGUAAAAGUAAUGGAAACUGUGUCAAAAAUACACAUUUGGACAGAUUGGACUAUUCUUGGAAGAAAUUUGACAAUAAUUCGGGUUCGUUUUUUACUCAUACUUUCCUCUAAAAAAUAAAUAAAAAUACGUGUGUUUUUUUUUCAGAGCCUAAAAGAGAGAAUGCAAUGUUUGCCGAAUUGGACAUUUGAAUUGGAUGAUCACGGCAAAGACGUUGACUAUCGAAAAAUCUAUAAAGAUUUCAAAGACAUUAUUAAUGAUAUUUUUGGCUAUACUGUCUACUGCUAUUUCCAAAGAAUAUGUGAUGGUUUUGAUGCUAAUAGAACUAUCUAUGUGAAUUGUGAGAGGCUGACAAUCGAUGAAUAUGAGAUUAGCGAUAAUGAGGAGGAGGGCUCCAGCGAUAAUUGA